AUGAGUGUGAGAACUUACUGGCAUGCAUUUUUGUCGGUUCUGGAUAACAUUAAAGUCAUAUUGCAAACCAAUCAUUACUGCCAGUGUGUUCAAUUUGGUGAUUCAGAAUUUGAGCACAUAUUAGACAAGCCUCUAAUAUUUGAUGCAGAUGGAUAUAUUUACUACCAGGAGGAUCUAGUGCAUGAGCACUCGCAUUUUACUAUAAAAAGUAUAGGUGAGCACUAUCUAGAGUAGCAUAAGCAAAUUUAGAGUGGUCCAAUUAUUGAGUCUCCUUAGACAGCAAAAAAUUUGCAUCAGCAUAUUUAGAAAAUAAUCCACCCAAAGCUAAAUGAAUAAGAACAUUAGCAGACAAACACUCCAAAUAUUGAUAAAAUACUUAAGAAAAAUCUAUCAAAUAUUCCUAACGAAACACUUGACUAAUUGAGCAAAACCUAUUAAGUUUCCUUGGAUGAACACAAUAACAACUCAAUGAACAUCAGUUCCUAAACUUCCUUACUGGGAGCUAAAUCUCAAUCUAUUUAGUUUCUCAAUUAAAACUCAAAUUAAAGCGUAAUCAGUCUAGGCUAAGUUAAUAAACCUCCUCCAGUUUAACAAAACCAUUAAGCUGGUAUUAAGUAAACGAAGAAUCAGUAAAACUCUAUUAUUGAAAAUAAUUAGAUAUCUUCAAGAACCCCAUAUUUUAGUUCAGAUAGUAGUAAAGACAAAUCGCCAAUGAAGAUUAAGCAUAAUAAUAUUCUCAGUUGCCUCUCUCCAACUUAGAGAUUCAAAGUUCAACCAGAGGCAAUGAAUGAGCUUAAGUCAUAUGCCAAUUGUAAAAGCAUUUAGGAGAUAGAGAUAAGAGUGAAGGAAUGGAAAAAAGUUUGGAAUAGUGAUGUAAACCUUAGAGAAUUAAGCAAGUAUGAGUUUAUAUUUGAAUGUGCCUAGCAUGAAAACUGCGUGUUUUCCUUUAAGUACUUCUAUAUGCCUAGUGAAAAAUCAUUUAAGUUCAGAGUAAACAGAGGGUAUCACAGUCAAGCUAAAGUUAAGCUAGAUUAUAGCAGAGAUUAUUAAUAUAAUGUGAGAACCCUUGCGAAGAAUGAGAGAGUAAGAUCUCCAGUAGGUUCCCCCUUUGACAAAAUUAGCACUAAUAAAUUUGAUAAUAGAAAAUCUGUCUAGAAAAUGAUAGCUAGUUCUAGGGCAGACUUGCUAGACUAAUAUUUGUAUGAAGAUGAUAAUAAGAGCACAAAUCCUAAUGAUCCAUCUUUUUUAGCACAAAAUUAAGAAAGUCACUAGAAUUGA